GAUGCUGUUCAUUGCUCUCUUGGCCCUUCUCUGUGCCUCAGCCUCAGCCAAUGCCAUUCAGCCCCGGACCUCCUCCUACAAUGGUGAGUACGGAGGUGGUGGCGGAGAGCGCUUCUCUCAUUCCGGCAACCAGAUGGACGGCCCCAUCACCGCCAUCCGCAUCCGCGUGAACAGAUACUACAUCGUGGGCCUCCAGGUGCGCUAUGGCAAGGUGUGGAGCGACUACGUGGGAGGCACGCAGGGGGACCUGGAGGAGAUCUUUCUGUACCCCGGGGAGUCAGUCAUCCAGGUGUCCGGCAAGUACAAGUACUACCUGAGGAAGCUGGUCUUCGUGACUGACAAGGGCCGCUACCUGCCUUUCGGGAAAGACACGGGCACCAGUUUCAACGCUGCCCCCUUGUAUCCCAACACGGUGCUGAGGUUCUUCAGUGGCCGUUCUGGCUCCCUCAUCAAUGCCAUUGGCCUUCACUGGGACUCCUACCCCAGUGACUGCAGCAGCUGCUGAGCCCUGGCUGCUUCCCGGGCGGGCAAGGCUGCUGUGGUGGGGGUGACAGCCCCCUUUCUACAAACGUCCA